AUGGCAGCGGCGAGCAAGAAGUCUGCGUUCACAGCAUUUCGGAAGAUUGUAGGUGAGCUCCGCAAGUCAGACAAGAGUUUUAGCAGAAAUUCUCCACAAUUCAAGUACUUGGUGGAUCAAAUGAGGGAGCACCAAACUACUCAGAGAGUGUACUCGAAAGCACCUGAAGAAGCGGAGUAUGUAGCCAACCUCUAUGCUACCUACUUGUCCAGCACACGAAGGUUGUCAGAGCUGGAGGCGCGAUAUAAGGGAGGUGAAAAAUCAGUAGAGGACAGUGCGAAGCUUGUUGGGUUAUCUCUUCCAAAGAAGAAAUGA